GGAGAUUUAUUCUUCUUCUUCUUCUUCUUCUUCUUUCCAAAAACCCAACGCAAACAUCUUUCAUCUUCUUGGCAAAUACGACAUGACUUACCAAGGCAUUGUCAGAAUGGCAAUCAAUGCUCUUGUUUUCGCACCUGAUUAUUCUUCCUGCAACUACAACAUCGAUACAACCAAAGUUAAUCGUCUCAAACACAUUUUUGAACUAGAAGGAUGUAACCGAUAUGAUCCACAGAAUUUUAUCAGGGGUAGCAUCACUCGGGAUGCUUUACAGAAGGCCCUGGUGCGUUCCCGCUUGACGCUGGCAAGUCUGCAGAGAGAGGGAGAUCCUCCAAUGCUUCACCUUCCACCGGAUACCUAUGUGCGAUGUGAUCAGGGCAGAAGCCGCGUGAAGGCACUCCUGGACACCGAUCGCUCUUUCUAUUGGUGGACCGUUGAACUGUAUGCAGAUAUUCACCAGGAAGCUCCUGGCAGAGCUAGAAAUACUUCCGUUAAUAUUGGAGGGUACUCUGAUGGACGUAUAUGUGCGGAGAUUGUGCAGAGUCGCUUCAACACAAUCGCGGAGGACGAAUGGUGGGCGAAACUUUCUAAGAGCAAGGCGAGCAUCCUGAGAGGUUUACUUGAACAUCACUCCCUGGCUACCCCUUUCGUGGAGUUGAUUCGUAGUAUACCUGCUAUGCGUGAAGAUCUAUUAAUUGGCGUGUGGCACAAAAUAAUUGCAGCCAAAUGCGAUGAGGUACCUUCAGACUCUUCUCAAUGUAACAAUCCAACUGACUUUUUUUCCCCCAGGAGAUUAUCCGGUACUUUAGAUUCAUCCUCAAUACUUGGACUGAAAUCAUGGGGUCGAAGUCAGCAUUGCGACACAUAGAUACCGCCUCUGUAAGGGAAUUGCAACUAAGAGUUCCGGGGUUAUCGGAACAGGACUUGGAGCACGUUACUCGAGUUAUAACGAGUGGGGUAGUGUUUAGAAGUCUCACCAAUACGUCAGAGAGGAUAGCACUGCUGGACCGACUUAGGAGGAUCAAAUUUCUGAUUCCUUCUAUACAUACUCUGCAGAAAGAUGUCAAAUAUCUCCGACCUUGCGCGGAUGUACUGAAGCGGCUCAUCUUGGGCCAAGGACGAUCUUCUUCGACAGCCCAGGCAGUUGCACUUGAUGCCUUCCUACCUGGACGCCAAAGGGGAGCAGAUGCUGAGUUCCUCGACAAGUUGAAACGGGUGUAUCUCUUCAUAAUGCAAAACAUAGUACAACUGACCGAUGAAGCUCCUCUCCGAGGAGAUAGAGCAAAGGUACAGAUGCCGGGACGAGGAGGGCCCAAU